CCAGGUCGGCCAGCUGACCCACUUGUCAAACCACCUCAACACCAACGCACUGCAUGUGUCACCCACUUCCAUGUCAAGCACAGAGAGGACGUAGCUGAGGAGUGAAGCGGUUCUACAUUUUGGAUUAACCGUUUUCUUAACCAAGGAUACAGACUGAGACAGACAGAAUGGGCUGCAUGAAAUCCACGCUAAAUCAAGGUCUGAGCGGAGGUGUGGACCAAAAAAUGGGUCAACAUGCUGUCCAUUCUGAACAGUCACGCUAUGUUAGAGACCCCACCUUUAAUCCAAAAGUCAACAAGAAUAACUCACUGUUACCGGGUCAGGUGUUCCAAAAAAUGGAGGAACAAAAGGGGGUGGGUAAAAUAGUGAUUGCCCUUUUCCCAUAUGAAGCUACACAUCCCGAUGACUUAGGAUUCAAGAAGGGAGAAAAGAUGAAAAUUCUAGAAGA